UGGGAUGUCUUCUGAACCAGAUCGUUGUAGCUAUGUCGCAAGAGCUAAGGAAUGACAGCGAGCGUCUUAGCCAUGUCGGGUUAACCCGUAUUUUCUGUGUUAUCUGUCGGCAUGAUGUUAAGGUAAAAGGCUUGCAUUCGUGAAGCAUGAUUUUUUUUUUGGAUUAAUGGUAUUUUAAGGUAAGGGAAAUUUGCCCCUAUAUUAAAAAUACACAAACCCACUAUCUAACCAAAAACACUUUCUCUCUCCUUAUUUCUCUUUCUAUUUUUCUCUAACCUCUUACUAAAAAUCUAAUAACUUUUUUUUUUGUUAUUUGGCAAAUAAGCCCUUGAGGCAAAGACAGAAGGGAAAGUCUAUUAACACAAGUGUCUGUAAUGUACUCUUUAAGAACAACAACAAGAUACAAACUGGCUUAUUUGCUCUUGCAACUAACUUGUUUGUUCAGAGUAUUUUAUUUAAUUUAAGUAUUUUAAUUGUGUGGGGCUGUUGGCUACCAAUUUGUUUGCCCACCAACACCAAAAGCUGUCUGUUAAUUUUACGAGAUAAAAGAAAAACUGCAAUUAUUUGCUUCACUAUUAAAAAUUCAGUUGGAUUGGGUUGGAUUUAACAAUGCAAUAAAAGCUCUCAAUCAAUAUAGUUGGUAUAUUAUGUCAUGUUUUUUUUGAUAAAUUCUAUCGGCCAAUCCGGUCGAUCUCGGAAAAAAACGUAUUUAGUGCUACAGAGUGGAAUGAUUACUACACUUCCUAUGUUAUGUUUUUAUAACAUUUCUAAUCUUUUACUAAUAAGUUUAAAUAAUUAAGAACUGGGUACUGGUUCUCAUUACCUAUACACACGUUCCUUACGACGAUUAAGGUCGUGUGUUACAGUUCAGUUCUUAAUUUCAAACAUAUUAGUAAUCCAGUUUUGAAAGAUAUAAGUUGCCGUUGAACAAAAAAAGAAAGUUACAAGUUGCCAUUUUGACGUAUGAUACUAAACUUUAUAAGGAACUAUUUAUUUGCGUACAUUGAAAUAAGGUUAAUUCUAUUUAAAAAAAAAAUUAUCAAAAGAACUCAGAAAGAGUAAAAUGUUCAAAAGAGAUUUCCUUAAAGAAAAAAACUAUUUCAUUUAAGAGGAUAAAAAAAAUUCUAUCAUUCCAUAGAUAUUUAAACAUACAUAAUUAUCUAAUAAAUAAUAUAAAUAAAUAAAAAUAAUUUUUAUAUUAUAAUUUUUGAAUUAUACGUUUUGAAUUAAAAAAAAUUAUAAAAAAUUUGAAUAAUUUAUUUUUGAAAAUCUAAAACUUAAUAUUGAAGCUAUUUUUAUAAAUUUUAUUUGAAAUUUUUUAGUAUUUAGUAAAUUAUUCUUUAAAAUCUUAAAUUUCGCCCCUCAAAUCUAAACCAUAAGUUUAAAUUAGUUAAACCUCGAGAUAUAAAUGUCUAUUUACCUUUUAAAUAAACCUCUUUUAGCUAUUUUGACUCUUGAAAAUUAUAUUUGUGAUAAAAACUUUUUUAUAUUCAUCCUAAAGAAUUUCUCUUGCAAUAAUAACAUAGUGGUGUUAAAAAAUUACAUAGUAAAAUAUACAUAAUUAAAUAUCUUUCUCUUUACAUAAUCAAAUAUCAUUUGCGUUGACUUAGUUUAAUAAAAGAUUGCUUUUAAAAAUAAAUUAAUAGAAUGAUUACUAGUACUAAUCAUCAGUAAUACUUGAUUAGGCAAUGAACCUGUGAUGUUUGGGAUUGUUUUGUUAUUGUUUGAUUUCUCUUGGCGUAAACUAUAUUAUAUACAUAAAAUAAAGUUUGGACCAUUUUGUAAGUUAUCUAAACUUCAUUCAAUUAUUAGCUUCAUUUCCACAAUUUGUGUUCUGUAAGUCUAUAACGACAGCUGCAAAAGGUUUUCUCCCACCAGAUUAAAUAAACAUUUAUGAUUUUGAUUGGUGGUCACAAAACAACUAAAAAUAUUAGUUGUAUUCCAUAUUAUGUCAGGCCAAGUGUUUUAGUUAUAUGCAUGAAUGUAUUAAACCAAAACAAGUUUAUAAGAAAAAACCAUAUUUCUAAGGAAUCAUCAUCAUCAAAAUAUAUUAUUUCAAGAUCGUGGACAUGAUGUAAUCUUUAUCUAGAAAACCAUCGAUCACCCUGUAUCCGAUCAUUAGACAACAACCCACAACAGGAGAUUGUCACACACACGCGUAUGCACAUAUCAACCAUGCAUUCUUGCACAUAUAUUCAUGUCAAUAUAUAAUAUAAAAAUAAAAACAGAGCAACGAGACACUAGUUUUACGGAUUCUGUACCCUUAAUCUUUUAUUAGAUGUUCACCUUUCUCGAUCUCUCUCAGUAUAAAUACAAACGAACCUAUUCCUUCAUUGUCACGUCCCAGAAACAUAUAUAACUUUAUCAUUCUGGAUAAACACACACACACAAAAAACACUGCCGUAAUUUCAAGAAAAUCUCCAAUAUUAUUAGUUAUAUUUUGAAGUUUAUUUGUUUGGUUUUGGAAAACCUCCAAUAUUGUUCAAAAUCGAUACUUAUACUUUACCAAUGGCUAAGUUCGGGAAGCUAACAAAGCUCAAGUCGGUCAUAAAGAAAUGGCCUUCCUUCAUCAAGAACCACCACUCAAGCACCGUAUCUACCACCACCUCCGCCACCGCCACCGAGGUCUCAAAAUGCAACGAUCUUCGACUAGUUUACGUUGGGAAGUCUCGAAGACCUUACAUGCUUAGUUCCCACGUCAUUGACCAUCCGCUUUUCCAGGAAUUACUUGAUCGUUCAUCGAGAUUCAUGGAAGAACGUCACAAGACAAUCUUAGUAGCUUGUGAAGUCGUAUUGUUCGAACACUUGUUAUGGAUGCUCAACAACAGUUGCUCCGAUCACAACGAUGAUGAUGAUGAUUGCGAAGGAGGAUCCGUCGAGGAAUUGGCUGAGUUCUACACUUAUUGAGGGCGAUAUGUUUUUCCUUUUCUUAUAAUAUAUAAUUUUUCUACGUAAUGAAAAUUUUGAUUUGAUUGUACAUUGAUCAGGUGGUGGCUACCGAACAUUUCCUUCGCUUUUGUUUUUAUUUUCCUCACCAAAUUUAAUACAGAUUUAGUACCCUUAGGACAUCUUCCCUAAUUAUAUUAGCUAGAGAUUGUAAUUCCAUCAAUAUGAUAAAAUUUAUGUACUAAUGAUUUUUGCUCCCUUUUUGAAUACAUACAUAGUAUUUAUUUUGCAUGUGUUCUACUAUAGUUUUCAAAAGAAUAAAAUGAGCCGCCACAUGACGCGCAUGGCCACCCAGUUGCAUGCACCGUCUUACUUGCCUCUCUAGUGGCAGAAAUGGCUGUCACCGAUGAAGUAAUUAAUCAUAAAUCUAUUAUUAUAUAGUAUAUAACUUAAAACCUAUAGUGGCUAAUGAGUUCACACAGUCACACUAUAUAUAUAGUAUGCACCCAUACAUGAUUUAAUAAUGCGUCAAAUAUAAACAGGUGAAUACACAAGCGAGGUAGGUACACAGUAGUUGGACCAGGGAUGCAAGAGGAGUGAAGGACACUAAUGGUAUUCCUUAAUUCUAGUGCAGAGCUCAUGUUUAACUGCGAACUUAGUCGGCGAUAAUUACUUGAUUAGGUAUAUGAUUCUGUAAACAUUUACAAUAUAUAGUGUGCAUGUUUAUGGGUUCUAUAAACAUGGAAUGCUUUUUAACUCCAUCAUCAUAAUAAAUCCAUAUUUAGCUAACUACAAUCUUGCUUCUCUUCAUUCUCUUCUCUUUUAUGUUAUACAAGUAAGAAGAUAACUUGUACAAGUAAGAACAUAACAAAAUCAAGC